AAACCUCCCACGCUCUGGACUCCACUUCGUCCUCGUCGAGCACUCCACGCCGCUCUAGUACUCUCUGCUCCCUUCCCCAUCUCUCUCUCUUCUCACUCCUCUCCCAUUGCCUUUGUUUUUGCUCGCAAGAAAAAAGGCCGAAAAAUCCUACGCAAAUCCGCCGUCCUCUCCACCGCCGAAGCUUCUGGGUCCUCGCCGCCGCCGCCGCCGCCGCUACGCGUGAGAUCAGCCCGCCGGCGUCGGUAUUUCCCCCAGACUGGUGAUGUAGAGUUCAUUCUCUUCUUUAAGUCGAAUGGUUUCCUCCCACAGAGCAAGAUGAGGAAAUGUUCAAAAUGCUCGUAGCUGUGUUGCCUGACAAGUUUAUUGCAGAGUUCUAGCUUGUCUAGGACAAGUGGACAGCUGGGAUUUCUUGGCACUUUGUCAAGUCAGUGAGUAGAAGUUUGGUGGAAGAUUGUCUUCGUUCAAGAUGAUGCAGAGGCCACCACUCCGUCCGGAGGAGUACUCCUUGAAGGAGACCUCACCUCACCUUGGUGGUGCAGCUGCUGGUGACAAACUCACCACCACCUAUGACCUGGUUGAGCAGAUGCAGUACCUUUAUGUAAGAGUGGUAAAAGCAAAGGAACUUCCAAACAAGGACAUCACUGGGAGCUGUGACCCAUAUGUUGAGGUGAAGCUAGGAAAUUAUAAGGGCCAGACUCGGCAUUUCGAGAAGAAGAACAACCCAGAGUGGAAUCAGGUCUUUGCCUUCUCAAAGGAGCGCAUUCAGUCAUCGGUUGUGGAGAUUGUGGUCAAGGACAAGGAUCUUGUCAAGGAUGACUUCAUUGGGCGUGUUAUGUUUGAUCUGAAUGAGGUCCCAAAGAGAGUGCCACCUGAUAGUCCAUUGGCUCCACAAUGGUAUCGGUUGGAAGACCGAAAUGGUCACAAGGUGAAGGGGGAGUUGAUGUUGGCUGUUUGGAUGGGUACUCAAGCUGAUGAAGCAUUCCCUGAAGCAUGGCAUUCUGAUGCAGCGUCUGUCCCUGGUGAUGGUCUUGCAAGCAUUAGAUCGAAAGUGUAUCUUACUCCAAAGCUUUGGUAUCUCCGUGUCAAUGUCAUUGAAGCUCAGGAUCUUAUACCAAAUGACAAGACCAGGUUCCCUGAGGUUUAUGUCAAAGCAAUGCUAGGCAACCAAGUACUUAGAACCAGGGUAUUAGCGAGCCGGACCUUGAAUCCAAUGUGGAAUGAAGAUUUGAUGUUUGUCGCAGCUGAGCCAUUUGAGGAGCACCUAAUUUUGAGCGUAGAGGACAGGGUGGCCCCAGGAAAGGAUGAAGUAAUUGGAAGGACAAUCAUUUCACUGCAGCAUGUACCCCGGAGGUUGGAUCACAGGUUGCUAACCAGCCAGUGGUAUCCCCUUGAGAAGCAUGUGAUUAUUGAUGGUGAGCAGAAGAAAGAGACCAAGUUUUCAAGCCGGAUUCACUUGAGAAUUUGUCUUGAAGGUGGAUAUCAUGUCUUGGAUGAGUCAACACAUUACAGUAGUGAUUUAAGGCCAACUGCAAAACCUCUGUGGAAACCUAGCAUUGGCAUUCUUGAGCUGGGUAUCUUGACAGCACAGGGCCUGUUGCCAAUGAAGACCAAGGAUGGGCGUGGCACGACUGAUGCCUAUUGUGUUGCAAAGUAUGGACAGAAAUGGGUGCGUACUAGGACUAUAAUCGACAGUUUCACUCCCAAAUGGAAUGAACAGUAUACCUGGGAAGUGUAUGAUCCAUGCACUGUGAUCACAAUUGGUGUAUUUGACAAUUGCCACCUGAAUGGCGGGGAAAAGGCCAAUGGUGCCAGGGAUACCAGAAUUGGGAAGGUCCGCAUCCGCCUCUCGACGCUUGAAACUGAUCGGGUGUAUACCCACUCAUACCCUCUUAUUGUUCUGACACCUGGUGGCGUUAAGAAGAUGGGUGAGGUGCAGCUUGCUGUCCGUUUCACAUGCUCAUCACUGCUCAACAUGAUGCAUCUGUACUCACAGCCCUUGCUGCCCAAGAUGCACUAUGUGCACCCAUUGUCCGUGAUACAGGUGGACAACCUGAGGCGCCAAGCCACAAACAUUGUCUCGACAAGGCUGGGCCGUGCAGAGCCACCACUGCGAAAGGAAAUCGUGGAGUACAUGCUUGACGUUGACUCGCACAUGUGGAGCAUGAGAAAGAGCAAGGCUAACUUCUUCCGUAUCAUGGGUGUCCUGAGCCCUCUGAUUGCAGUGGCCAAGUGGUUCGAUCAGAUCUGUCUCUGGAGGAACCCGCUGACCACCAUUCUGAUCCAUGUCCUCUUCGUGAUACUGGUUCUGUACCCAGAGCUGAUACUGCCCACAAUCUUCCUUUACCUGUUCCUGAUCGGGGUGUGGUACUACAGGUGGCGGCCAAGGCAGCCGCCGCACAUGGACACCCGCCUCUCCCACGCGGAGACUGCCCACCCCGAUGAGCUCGAUGAGGAGUUUGACACCUUCCCCACCUCCCGCCCGCCGGACAUCGUGCGGAUGCGGUAUGACAGGCUGCGCAGCGUUGCGGGGAGGAUCCAGACAGUGGUCGGCGACCUUGCGACGCAGGGCGAGCGGCUGCAGUCGCUGCUGAGCUGGAGGGACCCAAGGGCCACUGCGCUGUUCGUGGUCUUCUGCUUCAUCGCCGCCAUCGUCCUGUAUGUCACCCCGUUCCGCGUCGUGGUCUUCCUCGCAGGCCUGUACGUGCUGAGGCACCCCAGGUUCCGCCACAGGAUGCCAUCCGUCCCGCUCAACUUCUUCAGGCGUCUGCCGGCAAGGACCGACAGCAUGCUGUAGGUGCUGCAGGUGCCUGGUUCCAUUGCUGGCUUGGUGGUUUCACCUGUCGAUUGCAGCUCGCAGAUGGUUUCUCUCUCUCACUCUCUGUCUUGAGUGUAUCUGAAAACGAUGAACUGCUAGGUACCUUCGGUACUUUUGUAGCUUCUCUCUGUUGCAUGGUUGGUUAUGUAUUCAGAUGGUUGUGAACCUUUCCUGUAACAAUCGAACGCAUGAUGUGUGACUGUGAUGGCUAGGUAUGCAUGCAUGUGUGAUGCUUGGAAACUCCGGGCGUUAGUUGUUGCUUUACCUAUUUGUUCAGCGGCAGUGCUGUCAGCUAACGUGGUUCUCUACUGCUGCA